AUGUACAGGCUGGCUGUAGUUGUGGCAUGUGUACUCCUUCUACCACCUUCGAUCACCUACUCCGUACCGCCUACAGGAAUUAAAAGUGUUUCAUCGAUUGACAGCAUGAUCCGGCAAUGUUUCCAAACCCUUUGCAAGGAAUGGAUGUCUGAGUGCCAUUGGUUCUGUGAUUCUGUCUCAGAGAAGAGCAAUCUUCGCCGUUGCAAGGACUGCUUGAGUUGGCGUGGCCAGCAGUGUAUGGAUUGUUUUGAAUUAUGA